AAAGACAGGCUGGCCCUUUGCGACAGACUCGACUACUUCACAGCAACAGUCUCUACCAACAACCAGCAUGGCUACUGCGUCUGGGAGCACUUGUCAAGAAGGAGAAAGGGGUGAAUGCGACGAUGGAGGAGGCGACGACAAUCGCGACUCAGCACAAGAGACUACUUCGGGAAAUGCUUCGCAGAAGAAACCCGUUUGUCUCAUAGUGCUUGGCAUGGCAGGGUCUGGGAAAACAACUUUUGUGCAGCGACUCAAUGCUCAUCUUCACACCAAGAAGUCUCCUCCAUAUGUUAUCAACCUAGACCCUGCGGUGCAUGAAGUUCCUUUCCCAGCCAACAUCGAUAUCCGUGACACAGUGAAUUACAAAGAAGUGAUGAAGCAAUAUGGCCUAGGUCCUAAUGGAGGAAUCGUCACCUCGUUGAAUCUCUUUGCUACGAGGUUUGAUCAGGUCAUGAAAUUCAUUGAGAAGAAACAGUACAAUCACCAAUAUGUGUUGAUUGACACUCCUGGACAGAUAGAAGUGUUCACCUGGUCAGCUUCUGGAACCAUCAUCACUGAAACUCUGGCCUCUUCCUUCCCCUGUGUGGUGGUCUACGUGAUGGACACAUCUCGCAGCGUCAAUCCAGUCACCUUCAUGUCCAACAUGCUCUACGCCUGCAGCAUCCUGUACAAGACAAAGCUGCCCUUCAUUGUCAUCAUGAACAAGACAGACAUAAUCGACCACAGCUUUGCGGUGGAGUGGAUGCAGGACUUUGAGGUGUUCCAGGACGCUCUGAACCAGGAGACGUCCUACGUCAGCAACCUGACGCGCUCCAUGAGCCUUGUGCUGGACGAGUUCUACUCCAACUUACGGGUUGUGGGUGUGUCUGCAGUCACAGGCAGCGGAUUGGACCAGUUCUUUGUUCAGGUGGCAGAGGCCGCAAAGGAGUACGAGACGUGAGUGAGGGGGCUGCUC